AUGGAGACAAAAAAGGUCGGAAACACCGCCAACAGCGGAUCUGACAUCCCGCUUGUUCUAUAUUUCCAUGGGAAUGCUGGUAAUCUGGGAGACAGGAUAUAUCAUAUUAAGAGGCUGUUCAAAGAAAGUCGUUGCCACAUCUUCGUGCUCAGCUAUCGAGGAUAUGGUCACAGCGGCGGGCGAGCGUCAGGGAGAGGCUUAGCCAUCGAUGCCAAAGCGGCGCUCGAGUUUAUUCAGCGCAACGCAUCGGAGUUGCUCUAUUGCCAUGAAGCGUCAGCAACCAGUCCGUCGACCGAGACAUCAGGCGUGCAGGUGCCGGUGAUAGUGUACGGGCACUCUAUUGGCGGUGCUGUGGGUAUCCAUCUGGCUUCCACGGACAAGUCUGGAGCGAUUAUUGGGCUGAUUGUAGAGAACACAUUUACCAGUUUAGGUGAUAUUGUCAAGUUCUGGUAUCCGAGAUAUACCCCAUAUCCAUUUCUGACUCGAUUUAUCCGGUGGCCGUGGCACAGUGAGCAUCAAAUGGCCUCCGUCACAUGUCCAAUUCUCUUCAUGUCGGGUGAGAAGGAUGAGAUGAUACCGGCGUUUAUGAUGCAUCGGUUGUGCGCCGCUGCGACUUCAGCCAACGACAAAGUAUUCGUAAGCAUACCCAAUGGGUUGCACAAUGAUACGUGGAGCAGGCCAGGUUAUUGGGCGGGCAUGGGAGGAUUUAUCAAAGAUAUAAUGGUGGAUACAGGAAAAAAGUACGCGCACGAACGUAGUAAAUGCUGA